GUUGGGGGGAUGGGGCCGUGUCGAGGAUGAGAGACUCAAAAUAUUUACCACUCGGCUAACUAAAUAUCUUUUUUUCUGAACUGGGCUUCCUUCUUCGUUCUUGUACAUAUAUACACUUUUCGAUCACGCAUGAGUUUGGGUGGAUUUUGUCCCAAAUAAAGUGGAGUAUCUGUACGUCCACGACACACGCUUAAAAAGUCGACAAAAUGUAUUCCUCUGCUGGAGCCACCGAGAUGCAAGAGGGACCCCGUUCCUCUGGGUCAACAGGCUCUGACCCCCCUGAUUUAGACCCGCCAUCCUCCCCAGUGCCAGAAUAUGUGUUCAAGCCACCAUCUCGGCCAGACUUUGGCACCAUGGGCAGGACCAUUAAGCUCCAAGCCAAUUUCUUCGAGAUGGAAAUCCCCAAACUGGAGGUUUACCAUUAUGAUAUCGACAUUAAGCCUGAGAAAUGCCCCAGGAGGGUCAACCGCGAAAUUGUGGAGCACAUGGUCCAGCACUUUAAAACGCAGAUCUUUGGUGAUCGUAAGCCGGUGUACGACGGGAGGAAGAAUCUGUACACCGCCAUGCCUUUGCCCAUAGGCAGAGACAAAGUGGAGCUCGAAGUAACCAUUCCUGGUGAAGGCAAAGACCGCAGCUUCAAAGUUUCCAUCAAGUGGGUCUCCUGCGUGAGCCUGCAGGCGCUGCACGAGGCUCUGGCAGGGCGGCUACCCAGCGUCCCCUUCGAGACCGUCCAAGCCUUGGAUGUAGUCAUGAGACAUUUACCCUCUAUGAGGUACACCCCUGUGGGCCGCUCUUUCUUCACCCCCUCAGAGGGAUGUUCGAACCCCCUCGGUGGAGGCAGAGAGGUGUGGUUCGGCUUCCACCAGUCUGUCAGGCCUUCCCUUUGGAAAAUGAUGCUCAACAUCGAUGUUUCUGCCACUGCGUUCUACAAAGCCCAGCCUGUAAUUGAGUUCAUGUGUGAGGUCCUGGAUUUCAAAAGCAUUGAAGAACAACAGAAGCCCUUAACAGACUCCCAACGAGUGAAAUUUACAAAGGAAAUCAAAGGCCUGAAAGUGGAGAUCACUCACUGUGGGCAGAUGAAGAGGAAGUACAGAGUGUGCAACGUGACCAGAAGACCAGCCAGCCACCAAACGUUCCCUCUGCAGCAGGAAAAUGGCCAAACUAUUGAAUGCACAGUAGCACAGUACUUCAAAGACAAGUACAAGCUCAUCCUGAGAUACCCCCACCUCCCGUGUCUUCAGGUGGGACAAGAGCAGAAGCACACCUACCUACCUCUAGAGGUGUGUAACAUAGUGGCAGGACAGCGCUGCAUCAAAAAGCUGACUGACAAUCAGACCUCCACUAUGAUUCGUGCCACAGCCCGAUCGGCACCAGACCGUCAGGACGAGAUUAGUAAACUGAUGAGGAGUGCCAACUUCAACACCGACCCUUACGUUCGUGAGUUCGGAGUGAUGGUGAGGGACGAGAUGACAGAAGUGAACGGCCGUGUCCUACAAGCACCUUCCAUUCUGUAUGGAGGCAGGAACAAAGCAAUAGCCACUCCAAUCCAGGGAGUGUGGGACAUGAGGAACAAGCAGUUCCACACCGGCAUCGAGAUCAAAGUGUGGGCCAUCGCCUGCUUUGCCCCCCAAAGGCAGUGCACUGAACUCCUGCUCAAAGCAUUCACCGAUCAGCUGAGGAAGAUCUCCAGGGAUGCAGGGAUGCCCAUCCAGGGUCAGCCUUGCUUCUGUAAAUACGCCCAGGGAGCGGACAGCGUGGAGCCCAUGUUCAGACACCUCAAGUACACCUACCAGGGCCUCCAGCUGGUGGUGGUCAUCCUGCCGGGGAAGACUCCUGUCUACGCUGAGGUGAAGCGUGUUGGGGACACAGUUCUUGGCAUGGCCACGCAGUGUGUGCAGGUGAAGAAUGUCCAGAAGACGACGCCUCAGACCCUCUCCAACCUCUGUCUGAAGAUCAACGUCAAGCUGGGCGGCGUGAAUAACAUCCUCCUCCCGCAGGGCAGGCCGUUGGUCUUCCAGCAGCCGGUGAUCUUCCUUGGUGCAGAUGUGACUCAUCCUCCUGCAGGAGAUGGAAAAAAGCCUUCCAUCGCUGCUGUCGUUGGUAGUAUGGAUGCGCAUCCCAGCAGAUACUGUGCCACAGUGCGAGUGCAGCAGCACCGCCAGGACAUCAUCCAGGACCUGGCCACCAUGGUGAGGGAGCUGCUCAUCCAAUUCUACAAGUCCACCCGCUUCAAGCCCACCAGAAUCAUCUACUACCGCGACGGCAUCUCUGAAGGCCAAUUCAACCAGUCACAGGUCCUUCAGCAUGAGCUGCUGGCGAUCCGGGAGGCUUGCAUCAAACUGGAGAAGGACUACCAGCCGGGCAUCACCUUUGUGGUCGUGCAGAAGAGACAUCACACGAGACUGUUCUGUAUGGACAGAAACGAGAGGGUUGGGAAGAGUGGCAACAUUCCUGCUGGCACCACAGUGGACACCAAAAUCACCCACCCAUCAGAGUUUGACUUCUACCUGUGCAGUCACGCUGGCAUUCAGGGUACCAGCAGGCCGUCUCAUUACCAUGUGCUCUGGGAUGACAACCACUUCUCUGCAGAUGAACUGCAGGUCCUGACCUAUCAGCUCUGCCACACCUAUGUGCGCUGCACCCGCUCAGUCUCCAUCCCAGCACCAGCUUACUACGCCCAUCUGGUGGCUUUCAGAGCUCGCUAUCACUUGGUAGACAAAGAGCACGACAGUGCUGAGGGCAGUCACACAUCAGGCCAGAGCAACGGACGGGACCAACAGGCCUUGGCUAAGGCCGUGCAGAUCCACCAGGACACCCUGCGUACCAUGUACUUUGCCUGAGUGCAGACCAAACCAGGUUGGCGUGGGUGAGACCCCGCUGAUGGAGCACACUAGCCCUCGCUGUCUCACUGUCAGCUGUAGAUAGCGUCACAGUGGCUCCCCAUAGUGAUCUCCCUACCAGACUGAUCUGUCAGUUACUCAUAUGUCUACAAUUGUACUUCAGCCCCCGACCCACCCAAAUUAAGCCAGCGAUUAGACUGUAAGAUGCAAAAGCAUCCCUCGUUCUUGGGGUUUGUGCCGAAAGAGGUUUUAUUUUCAUGUUGUGCAUAAGUGUGUGUGUAUUAUUUGUAGGGAAAUAAGUAUGAAAGCAAAAGGACAAGUUUGUACACUGAUAGAAAAGAACUACAUUUUUAGACCGAUGGGCCGUAUCAUUUUACAUUGAGUUAUUUAUGAUUUGGAAGAAGCCGGUUUACCCUUCUCCUGUUAGUUAGGGUCUUUGUUAUGAAGGGAGAACUAUCCCAUCCAUCAAAAGAUAAAUGGGAGGGGGGGGGGGCUGGUUAUUAUUAUAUGCCUAAAGAUUUGCCCCUCUAAGAAACAUUAUUUAUCAGCAAUCAAAGCAGAGUGCACUGACCAGAAUGGGUGCUUCAAUCAGGACACAAGUACUUAAUAUAUUGGGGUUAUGUGUGAUUUUCACAUGGGGCACUAUGUGAUGAACAGUGCCAUUCGACCACCUUCUGUUGUCAUCUCUGUGUGAAGUAGGAAAUAUUAGGCCCACAGAUGCGGGGGUUUCAGUAUCUUUCUUCGAUGGACACAGACGACCAGUUAAUGCCAAACCUGGUGACAAUUCAUUUACUAAAAGAGGAUUUGCAUCAGGUUUGUUAUCAACCCUUUAACCAACACUUUUCAGUUUAUUCUAGAUAAGGGGGUUCAGUGUUGAGAUAAGAACAUUUAAAAGCAGCGAUUUGAUCUGCCUCUCUUCUUAGGCUAAACCGACGUCGCCAACGACCCCUUUGUUCCCAUGCCUGGGUGUUUUGGGACCAGUUCCCAAAAAAACGAUACCUUUCUAAUGUAGUCUGAGCCGUGUUUGUAAAAGACACAUGAUUUAGAAUUCAGCGUAGAGGGGAACUUCUUUUCCUUUUCUGUUUUUAUAGUCUUUCAUGUAGCUGACUCAUGUUUUAGACCUUUAGGUAUUUGUGAUGAAUGUUUCUUUCCUUUCCUUUUUACACAUUAACCCUACUUGUGAUGUUUUAUUGUAAAUAGCAGCAGGAUAGUGUUUUCUGCAGUUUCUUUGUCAGAGAGGGAUAUUUGUGUGGCGUCUCGAUAUCCAGGCAUUCGGUACAUUGGUGUGAAAGCUGCAACAUUUAGGAGUAAAACUGAUUAAAUUCCCUUAAAAAAAACAUGGUUUGCUCGAUAAACUAGGAGCAGUCGUCGCACAAAAGCUUGGGUUUUAUGCAAAUGACUUUUUGUGAGUCUUUAUAUGAUAUAGUAAUGUCGGUAAGGUAUAUUUUGAAUAAGCUCUCAGUGGAGGAUGCUGAAAAUAUAAAGAUUUUCUUUUUUAAUUGCCCACAUGUAGUCUAAAUUAACACUGUCUAUUUGUAUAAAGAUUAUAAAUGUUCUCUUGCCUUCUAAGACUGUUACGGUCUUACUAAUAAUUCUAUACAUUUCCUAACAUCCCAUCUAAGUUUUACUACUAAGUUAAGCUCGCUGAGGUUCGCAUAGUCUUGAUUGGACGCGAGUAGUCUAUAUUUUCUAACUAUGCAUCAUUUUUAACCAAGACAUUUAGCAUUGGGGUUUGUGGGUCAUUUAAAGGGGUAGAUGAUCAGGGUUUUGUUGUCGUCGUUUUUUUUAGCAUGUUGCAUUUAGUAGCGUUUCUUAGUGCUUAUCAGCGUCUUCAUGCCUUUCUAACGGGAUGAAGCAUUUGUGGUCAUUUGUAGAUUUUAUAGCCUAAAAAAAAUUGGUGUAUCCUUUGUAACACACAAUCUUUCUUAGCCAAACAAGAUUACAAACUUUUACAUGAUUGAUAUUCAAAACACAUGGAAGCACAAAAAGGACAUCUUGGGUUCAGGUGCUAGAAGUUUUCACUGUAAAACACCUUAAAUCCUCACUGGACUGGUUGGUGGACAACGAGACUUUUUAUCUAAAAAAAAAAAAAUGUUGAGGAUCUUUUCUCUCCCUUUGAUGACGUCUCCGUUUUAUCCUUUUUACUCAUAACCUGUAAAACAAAUCGAAAUCCGACUGACUGUGUUUGUGGGGCAUUCUGAAAAAUCAGUUACUUGAUAUUUACUGUUAUGAUGUCAAUAUUGUUCUUAUCGGUGCUGGUCUCACAACAUGUAAAUUUGGAUGCACUUUUGAUAGCAGAACGUCGGUAUGACUUCUAUAGAUGUUUGUUCCUCAAUGGAAGCAGGAGGCUCGGCCAUAUUGCGUGACACUGGUGUAAUUGUAUGGAAAUGGCCGUGUGUUCUACCUCUUGUUACCUGUUUUAGUGUUAUGGUAACAUCACACUGCUGGCCAUUUCUGUAUAAUUACCCCUGCUAUCUAUCUAAUUGGCAUUGUUUGAGUCUUGCAUUGACAGUAGAGGUGUUGUGUGCAUGGCGCUUUAUCAGUUCAUGUAGUAGUGUGAUAUUUUAUUUCAUAUUUUACUCAAACUGAUAACAGAGAAUGUGUUCCAUUUACGGGCUUUGAGCGUUGAGCUGUACGACCAAAUUCUUGAAGUGUGUUUGUAUUCACACACAGCUUUCCCUUUUUGGUUUUCCUUUUUAUUCUAUGCACCAGGUAUAUGAGACUUUUUUGUUUUUACGCUUUCAUUUCCAACAAAUUCAAAGCCCACAUUAGCUUUGAUCACUGCGUAUUCUUGAGUUGGAGAAGUUGUCAAUGCGCCCGAGCGGUGCUGCUAAUCUGACUGUUAAAGUUGCUUGCAAAGUAAAAAACAAUAAAGGACAACCACACGCUUACAUAAUGUGAUAAUAGGAUUGUAAGCUAUUGUAUUCAGGAAAGCUUUCAUAAAUUAAACAUCAAAUACCAACUUUCUGAUUAUUGGAGACAGAAGAAGGUCGAGCCAUGGUGUUGGGUCUGCGUUUGAAAAUGUGCAUGUCGUUGUGUAGAAAGUGGGAAAGUGUCCUAAAGGAUGGCGUGCUGAAAGUCGGAACAUCAAGGAGUCUUUUCAGGAGAUGCCUAUGUACUCGUUAGUUCUUCUUUCCUGUUUUACAUUACCUUUACCAGCAACUUAAAUGGCAGAUCAGAACGGCAUUGCUUUUCCCGGAAAUAAAACUAAAACAUUUGACAAUGUUGUUUUUGCACUAAACAAGAAUGGACUUUUGUAGCUGUUGCAGCUUUAAGGAGUGUCUAUCCGGUGGCAGACUGGCAGCUGUUUUUUUAUUUACAAAGGAGCAGUCGGCCUAGGCUUUUUAAAAUACAAGAGGCGUAGCCAACAGGCUUCAGAGCCUCAGUGUGCGCUCUCGCUCUUUAGAAAGCCAAGCCUGCUGAUCGAGAUGGAUUCUACCUAGCUAACCAGCAUUCAACAUGUCGUCUUGGAAAAAUAUCCUAAAGCCUUUUUAAAUGUUUAAAAAAAAAAGAGUGAAGCUUGUAGGUGGUUUGCCUUUGUACAGUGACAGGGGAGAAAGGUGCUUUAUGCAAAACAAAAUAACUGACAGAUGUUGAAUAGAGCCGACUAGCUAUGGACAGAGGCUUGGAUCCCAAAGUGCUGUGUGAGGAUGAAGUGUAGUUUGACACGUUCACAAUGAAUAGACAGAAUAAAGGCUUCUUUAUGUGUCAGAGCCCAGCAUAAACUAUACAUAUCAAGAUUCAGAAGAGGCGUUUUACAUCAAUCUGCUUGAUCAUAACGAGUCAAUAAUGUGUUUUGAACAAACAAUUGCCUGACACAACAGCCUGGAUGAAUGUGGCACUGCUUUAUGUUUAACAGUGCUGAAGUUAAUGCGUUAUGGCCGAUGGUAUGGUGGUAACCCUAAUGACAUCACUUCACCUCUGUCUGUUUUUCUGUCCAAAACUAGGACAAAGCAGGUUGUAGAAGUGGCUGGUUUUUUAAGAUAAGUUGCAUAUCAUGAGUUCAAUUUCAAAUCCUGUUUCUUUAUUUUGUAAGUAUGUUCAACAAUAGGGUUGAAAGAGGCUGAGGUGAUAUUCCUCCAAUUGUAACGAUCAGCCUGUUUACCUUUUUGCUUUUGAAUGGUCUUGGAAUAAAAUCAUGCUCGACAACCUAUAAAUCAGUUUUUUUCCAAACUAAGACCCGAUGUAUAGUAGCGUCUCUCUCUGCCUCUCAUCCGUCUCUUGUAGAGAAAUUAUUCCUGACAUAAAGACACCUCUUGUAGAGUAGAAACCUAUUUUCCUAGCUCCAAAUAUUAACAAUGAAUGUACUUAGAGCCUGUGUGAUUUGUAAUAUCGUACAGGCUGUCCAUCUAGUACAUUUAUACUCAUGUUUGCCUCUUGUGUACAGCCUUUUCUUUUGGGUGUUUUUCUCUUAUUUAUAGGUUAUAAUAAUUUCAGAAAGUAUUAUGUUUUCUUUAAUAUUCCAUUUAUUAAGAUAUCGCCCACAUCGCAGUUGGUAUCUUUCAUUUCGUCACUGAGGAGGUAUACAGGUUGUUUGUUUCUCUGUUUCCGGCGUCACGCUUGUGUGAGUUGCUGUAACAUAAGAGCCGUGUGUGUAUAUAUAUGGUGGUUGCUUUGAUGUGUGAUCUUGUUUGCUGUUAGUUUUUGGCUUCUGCUUUAGCCCCUCGGUCUGAUAUUCCUUUCCUUUUUAAAAUCCUCCCCGAAUUCAGCUCACUAACUCAUCAGCGCGAGCCACUUGAAAGCAAAGAGAGCUAAGGUUUUUGUUUGAGUGUUGCUUGUGUUCCUUACUUUUGCUAAUAGUAUGACAACACAGCCGUUUGUAUGUAUUUUCAUAAGUACAUUGUAUCAUAUACAUGGCGUUCAGCUGGCUUCAGCAAGCCUGCGUCUCCUCUUAUUCCUUGAUAAACCUUUCUGAAUCAUGCUUUUUCCUUGACCGACAGUCAUUAUCAUGCCAAUGUCCAAUCAAUUACCUGUAGCCAUGUGACACUGGGGGGGGGGGUGUCCACAAGGUCUUUGCAGUUAAAGUUUACCUAUAUCAUUGAUUUUAUCUACACAUCUAAAUUAUUGAGCACAAAUUUUAAAUGGGCUACUGGUAGACCUGAACGAAGAAGCGUUAGGCCACACGUCCACCGGACGCAGCUACAUCACAUUUUGGUUGUUGCGCCUGGGGUUUAAUCCGAAAUGUACUUUGUUUAAAGUGCUAACUAGCUAAUGUUAGCAUACUAACAUAUAUAUGGUUCCCAAUUUUUAGAAUCCUUAUACACAAAGAUGCUAAAUUUGGAAGGAUUAUGCAUGCUAAAAUUAAACAUGUUAGCAUUUUCAUUGUUAGCAUAUUAGCAUGCUGACAUUGGUGUUCAGCUCUACAAACUGCUAUGCUAAAGUUCAGGCUAACAGGCUAGAUUCUUUUCAUGUUUCAGUUACAUAUUGAAAACAGAUUUGCAGCUUUAUGAUCAAUCAUGGAUUACCGUUCACAGCACGCCGUCAUGAAUUGUCAGUAAAUAUAGGCGUGUCUGUACAUUAACAAGGGACUUUAUAGCUUCAUACGCGACAAACUAGAAUAGCAGAGCUGAGAAAUUGGGUUCAAGCAAGGAUGGGUCCCAUGAAUCUCUGGCAGGCGUAAGCUAUCUGAAAUGUUUGGUAGCUGCGAUCGUUGGACAUUUGUGUCUGUAGAGUAGAACCGUUACCGAGCUUCACCAAACCAAACCAAACCAAUGCCAUCCAUCUGAUUUACAACAUGUAUCCAAUGCAAGACUUGUGGGUAUUUUUUUAUUUUCAAAGCAUUUCUAGUCUUCAGAAUGACUUGGCUUUUUAUUUACCAACUUGAAAAAAACUACCUCAGAGCAGUGUCAGGUGCUAGCUAAUAUUAGCCCUCAUUUAUAAUAAUGGUAACAAAAUCAAAAAAUAGUUGUGACCAAACCAAUACAAGCCAAUAUUGUGUGAGACCACUGCUCUUUUCUUGAACCUUAAUAAAUGGAAAACCAAGUGAUCGUGUUUGACUGGUUGGUUUGCUUUAGUUGGUUACAUUCUAGGGGACCACAUUUUUGUAAUUGGGAGACUAAUUGUUUCAUGCAAGUCACACAAAAAAACAACUGAGCACAACCUGGGACUCAUGUGGGGAAGUAAACUGAAAUCCUAACUGGAGCAUAAAGUAAUUACAUCACUAUGACAAUGUGUCGGCCAUAUUGAGGAAUGUUUGUAGUGGCGGUGUUAUGGAAAUAUGUAUGUACAGCAAUAAUGUUGGUGCGUUGGACGAGGAUCUUGGGUAAUUAGUCUUUACAGCAGUCUGUCUUCUUAAUGUAGGUCAUGGCAACGUUCAAUGGACUUCGAGUUAGCAGGACAAAACUUUGCAAAUAGGUCAUUUAAUUCCUCUCAAUAUUAGAAGCUUCUUCUGUUUUUCCAGAAUGUUAAAAUGAUUAGGUUUCAUGCUGGAUAUAGCCACUCCACCUUAUCAUAUGCCUACAUUUCCCUGCCGUGUUGACCCAGUACUGCAAUAAAACCUGGAUCCCUGUUUUUUUACUCUCUUCAUUUCCGCUUCUCUUACGAUAUGCCAAACUCAACGCUGUUUUCAUAAGGGUUAUAAGAUGUAGUUUUUGCAUGUGACAAUUCACAAAGGGAAUAUACACAUACUUUACAAUGUAGCAGAGCAUUGUAAGCUUCAGCGAAAGGUACAAUGAGGCUGUGCGGCGAUUAACUGCAGAUUGUUGUGAUCCAGUCUAAAACAACAACAACAUCCGGUGUGUUUGUUCGUAGUGGUUCUAUGUGUGCCUUUUGUCGGAUCUCUCUCUUCUCCAUCUGCCCCAACAUUGGGUUUGUGAGUCCUGUUUAAACACAAAGGUUUGACAAAGUCUGCUGCGUCACAUAUGAUAUAAUUUGUAAUUACCUGCAACCGUGUAGAUGCUGCAUAGAACGAUCAGUAUUUGUGUGUAUGCACUUUCAAAGCAGUCUCAAAAAGAAAUGAGGUUGGGCGGAAAGUCAAAAAGAAAUAACUGACGAGGUAUUUUAUGCUAUCAAUAGGAAUUAUAAGGAAUAAUAUGAUUUUGAAGAGCUUUUCUAAAAAGGUUGAUAUAUCUAUAUAUAUUCAUGGAGUACCUCAUAUGCCUGAUAUAUGCUGCAUUGACUUUUUUUCUGUAGUGUACUUCAUAUUGUCCAAUAACAUUUUAAUUUUUUCCCCCUUUUGGGAGGUUUGAAUGUCACUACAGGCUGUGCACACGCCACAACCAUUAAAUCCCAUUCUCUUGAAACAAAAGAGUGUGUUUGUGGCCAAAUGAUAACGUGUCAUUUAUGCAAUUUCUACGCAAAUCUCAUAAUCUCACAUCAUAUUUCUGUGCUCUGUCUUUUUUGUUUGUGUAGCCAAAAAAAUAAAUAAUCGGGUUUAGUUGACGAAAGCGCACUCCAAGCGUCCUGCGAGGCUCUGUGGUAUGACACGACCGUUGACUCAGGUAUUGUCGUGAAAAGGGCUGAAUCUGCUUACUGUGUCCCCGUCCCGAACCUCCCCCUUCUGCACCUUUGUCUUAAAAAAAAAAUAGCCUUAGAUAUACACGUGAGGUUCCUAUUUGGCCUUAAAAGUUGAACAAAUUAUGCACUACAAUUUCACAGACUUGACAGAGAGCUCGAUUCCCGCUCAGACACGUUUGUUGAAGAGUUUGCGUUGUCAUUGCCGUGUUAUCUACCUCCUAUGAAUGUAGGGGCUGUCCUGGAGUUGUAGUCGAAUGCAAAACUUUUCUCGCUUAUUUAAGGAAGACAGAGGACAAUCUGUAGUUUCUUUUAAAUAAAAUACAAAAUGUAUUCCCCUAUUCAUUCAUACGUAGAUUCCAGGACACUCCAUUUUUCUUGUUUUUCUCCCCUCAUUGGCCAUGUUCAUUUUAUACCUUGUAUUUUCAUUGUAAGCCAUGAUGGAGAAGCAAAGUGACCAAAGUCUCUUGGCAAAGGCAGCGCUGCACAGCUGUGUGAAUUCAAACCUCCCUUCAUUGUGUCAUUCUGAGCUCGUUUUGAGUUGUUUUAUUUUAUUCUUUUCUAUCUCUUUCUCCUCCCUUAUUUAAACCACGACAUGCCAAAACUGAAUUUGCUGUCAUUCCUGUUCUGGUUGGGGUCUUUAUGUUGCUGAUUUUUAAUUUGUUCACAUCCACUGCUAAGCUCCUCGUUUCUUCUUGUUGUUGUAAAAGGUGUAAGCUUUGAUUUCUAUUUUACAUUUCCUUAUUUUUGUUAACAAUUUAUGCUUACAGAACACAAGAUAUGCUGUAAACCCUGUUAGGACAUAAUGUGAAUACGUAUCACUUAAUAUAGUUCACUAUUUGGCUUGACUGUAAGUUGCGUUAAUUAAUAAAAAUGUUUUAAAAAGUU